ACAGCGUGAGAGGCGUUUCAGCAGCAUUGCAAGCAAACUAGAGAAAGACAUUUUUUCCUCUAUAUCAACAUGCAUCUCUGCACCUGUGCAACAUCUUUUUUCUGACAUUAUUAAAACGCAGCGUGGUUAAAACAAGGUGCCACCAGCUGUGAGCUCAUCGACACGGAACUGGAAUUGUUAACCCAUGCGUUAUGAUCGUGUCCGAACUAGCCGCUUUGUAGCUUCUUGACAUGAUUUGUGAAAAUAUUCUGUUUCUGUCGCCUCAUAAAUGAGUAUUUAAUUAUUCUAGAUUUAAACUAUUCUAAGAAUCUUCGCACUGAAAAACAGGCGUGAAAUCUGUAUGGUGGGCAAGAGGGGACGUGACAUGACGACACAGUUCCAGAUUGACAGGAAAACUCCCCAAAUUUGGUCCGGCUUCCUGCGGCUCGGUCGGCCACAACUAUGCGCCUCUACAGCGUGCUGGAGCGUUUACGCGCGCAUGUCAAUCUGGCGCGUCAGCGACGUUGGACCGAAAUGUUUGAACUGUCACUGAGGCUUUCCAGCACCAAAGCUGCACCGCAGUUCCGAAGAAUGGACUACCAGGAUGCGGUGUGCACCCUGAACACCCUGCAGACAAACGCCAGCGCUCUGGAGCAGGUGAAGAGAGAGAGAGGACAUCCUCGACUCCAGCUGCAGGCCAUGAGAGGAUUUCUUCAGAGGGCUGGGCUCAAGGUAGAAGAACUCGAUCAACUCGAUAUCAUUCAUGUAACGGGAACUAAAGGAAAGGGGUCGACGUGUGCCUUCACAGAGAAGAUUUUGAGAAAUCAUGGCUUCCGCACAGGAUUCUACAGUUCGCCCCAUUUGGUUGAAGUGAGAGAGCGAAUCCGAAUCAACGGGCAGCCAAUCGGCAAAGAGCUUUUCACAAAAUACUUCUGGCAGGUGUAUGGGCGACUGGAGGAGACGAGGGGUGCUCAUGGAGGAAGCAUGCCAGCAUAUUUUCGCUUUCUCACCAUCUUGUCCUUCCAUGUGUUCCUCCAGGAGAAGGUGGAUUUGGCCGUCAUUGAGGUGGGGAUUGGUGGAGCGUAUGACUGCACUAAUAUUAUCAGGCGACCCCGGGUGUGCGGCAUCUCCUCUUUGGGCAUAGAUCACACCAGCAUACUGGGAGAUACCAUUGAGAAAAUAGCCUGGCAAAAAGGAGGAAUUUUUAAGCCCGGUGUCCCUGCAUUCACAGUGAAACAGCCCGACGGACCGAUGAAGGUGCUUCAAGAGAGAGCUGAAGAAAUUGGGUGCUCGCUGUCAGUUUGUCCUGAUCUGGAUGAGUAUGAGAGCGAGGGUUCGCUCACGUUGGGUUUAGCAGGACAUCAUCAGCGCUCUAAUGCCUCUCUGGCCUUACAGCUCUCACACGCCUGGCUGCACAGACACUUCCUGACAGAUCCUGCGCUGUCUUCAGUCGAGUUCAGCGGUGUGAAUCCAGCUCCAGCGUUUCAGCCCAGUCCUGCGAUGAUCAAAGGUCUUAUGGAGACGGAGUGGGCCGGACGCAAUCAGACGAUAAAACACGGUCCUGUGACGUACUUCCUGGACGGCGCUCAUACCACCCGCAGCAUGCAGGCCUGCGUCCGCUGGUUCAAUGAAGUGGCAACAGAACAUGAGGAAGAAGCAGAGGGUCCGGUGAUGAGGGUCCUCUUAUUUAACGCUACAGGAGAGAGAGACUGUGCUGCUAUGCUUAAACUGCUUGCGCACUGUCAUUUUGACUUUGCCGUGUUCUGCCCGAACAUCACAGAGACUAUAGCGACCUGUAAUGCAGACCAGCAGAACUUCAACGUCUCGGUUGAAAACAUGCUCACCCGUUGACUGGACAACCAGCAGAGCUGGCGGGUUCUGAACGGCCAAGAGGAGAAACCAGAGGCGGAGCUUCUGAUCGGGGGCGGUCUGCCGCUGGUGGCGGAAAGACACAGCCAUACACUGGUGUUUCCUUGCAUCCUCAGCGCUCUCCAGUGGAUCAGUCAGGGAAGAGACUCUGUCCUGUCAGACCCAAACAAAUGUGUCAUACCUGUUAAACCGAGCAUAAAUGCCAAAGCUGCUGCGCUGAGAGAGGCAGCAAACAUACAUGUUCUCAUCACAGGUAGCCUGCACCUGGUGGGAGGGGCUUUAAAACACUUGGAUUCUGCUUUAAACAGCCAAUAACAGAUGUCAGACAUGCAGCCAAACUCAAAACACAGCAUGAGCACCACCUAGUGCCUAAACGCUGUUACAGCGCUACAGUUUUCACUUUUGUCUUCUGUUAUAAAAUUCUCAUCGAAUCCA